GACAACAACACAGCACCUCUAUAUUAGGUAAUUAUUCUCCUUCAGGUCUCCUCUGUGCUCUAUCACACUUCCAUCCUCAGUGAUUCUCAAAAAAAGACAUCCAACCUUGAACAAGACUUCCAUCCUCAGUUAUGGCUGAUACUGUGCUUUAUGAUCUCGUGAAGCAAUCGGUUUCCAUCGCUGCUCAGCUGGCUCUACAAGAGAUGAAGCUGCUUCUUGAAGUUGACAAUGAAGUCGAAAACCUUCAACAGAAUUUCCUAAAGGUCCAGGUGAUGCUUAGCAAGGCCGAGCAAAGUCAAAUGACGGACCAAGGUGUGAAGCUUUGGUAUGAACAGCUGAAAGACGCGUACUACAUGAUGGAUGACGUGUUGGACAGCUGGAAGACUGCAAAGAUCAAAUCAGAAAUUCAGAAACAAGAAGAAGAAUCAGCAGAAAAUGAAGCUGAUGGUAACGCUUCUGCCUGGAAGAAGAAGGUAUGCUCCUUCGUACCCUCUCCAUCAAGUUGUUUUAGUCAUGAGAUUGGUCACAAGAUAAAAAAACUGAAUAAAACAUUAGAAUAUAUUCUCAAUGCCAAAGAGGCAUAUGGUAUUGACUUGAAUAGUCAGCCUAAUGUAGCUGAGCCAUCAGAAACUACGUCCUUUGCUGAUGUUUCUAAAAUAAUUGGCCGUGAUGAGCAUAGGAAAAAUCUUCUGGACAACCUAUCAGGCAUGGGUAGUCAAGAAGAAACCAAUCCUCGUGUCAUCUCCUUGGUGGGCAUGAGUGGUAUUGGAAAGUCAACUCUUGCCCUACUAGCCUUUAAUGAUCCUGACUUUAAAGACCAUUUUCCUAUAAAAAGGUGGAUUUCUGUUGGUAAAUCUUUCAAUAAGUCUAGGAUUGCCCAAGCAAUUAUUCAGGCGGUUGAUCCUAACUUCAUCCAUAAUAUUCCUACAUUGGAAGCUCAAUUGUGUAAAAUUAGAGAUUCGAUUGCAACCAAGAGGUUCUUUAUUGUCUUAGAUGAUGUGUGGACUGAAGAACCCACAAUGUGGGAGCCAUUUAAAAUUGCUCUCAAAUUUGGUGCUCAAGGUAGUAGAAUUUUAGUCACCACACGCAAUAACAAAGUUGCGACUAUGAUGGAGAGUUCCUCCGUAAUCAUUUUAGAUGAAUUGUCCACCGAUGAAUGUUGGUUGAUUAUUAAGAAAAUGGCAUUUACUGAUGACAAUCAAGAGCAAUGUAGGGGUCUAGAAGACUUGGGAAGAAAACUAGCAGAUAAGUGCAAAGGACUUCCACUCGCUGCAAAGACUCUGGGGAGUCACAUGUGUGGCAAGAGAAGUGAAGCAGAGUGGGAGAUGGUUUUGCGCAGUAGUUUGUGGGACUUAGAAGAUGUUGUAAAAGGUCGAAUUUUGGGACCAUUGUUGUUGAGUUAUCAUGAAUUGUCCUUUGAAGAGAAACAAUGUUUCUUAUAUUGUGCUGUGUUUCCAAAAGACCACCUCUUUGAUAGAUUGGAGUUAGUCAUCCAUUGGAUGGCACAAGGAUAUAUCAACCCAAAACCAACUGUGGACAUGGAAGUCAUUGCAGAACAAUACUUUGAAAAUUUAGCCAUGCGCUCCUUUUUCCAAGGUUUUGAAAAGGAUGACAAUGAUGGUAGAAUUAUACAUUGCAAAAUGCAUGAUAUUGUGCAUGACUUUGCAAAGUCAAUGACAAAAGAUGUAUGCUUCACAAUUGACAGUGAGGAUGAGGCUGGGAAAGAUGUUAAAAGGGCUCUCCAGUUGUCAUUAGUAGUUAAAAGAACAGUAGUUAAAAAAAAGAUUCCUAAGUAUCUCUCUAAUGUGAAAAAUUUACGCUUUCUCAAAUUGAUUUGUAGGUCCUCUCAAACUGUCCAACCCAAAUUAUUUCACAAUUUGACAUGUCUACGGACAUUACAUUUGAAAGUUGAAUCCAUUAUGAAACUUCCAAAUGAGGUGGAACGUAUGAUACAUUUAAGAUAUCUCAAGUUAUCUUGUUUUUCUAUAAAAGAAUUGCCAGAAACUAUAUGUAAUUUUUGUAAUUUACUAAGUUUGGAUAUUAGUGAGUGUAGUGGUCUUAAGAAAUUACCGCUGGGGAUGCACAAACUAAUUAGCUUAAGACAUCUUAGUCUUUCUAGAGAAUCUAUAGUAUUUCCAAAACGGAUUGGGGAGUUGAUUUGUCUUAAAACAUUAAGUGAUUUCAACAUAGGUGGUAAGGAUGAUAAAGGAUGUAAACUUGGAGAAUUAAAAGAUUUGGAUCAGCUUGAAGGGACUCUUCGAAUACAUUUGUUGAGAAAUGUAGAUGUGGGUGAGGCUGAGAACGCACAGUUGGAAAGAAAGAAGCAUCUCCGUGGUUUGGAGCUAGAUUUUGGCUUUGUACCUAAAUGGGAAGAACAAGAGCAAAGAAUGAAUAAUGAUGAAUCAGUUCUGAAAGCCUUAAAGCCAAAUCCACUCUUGGAAUCUUUUACCAUUAUGUACUACAAGGGCCCCACAGAGUCCAUUAAUCAGAUGAUGUCCUUGGCCAAAUUGAAAUUGCUUGAUCUCAACUGUUGCUAUAACCUUGAGUGUUUGCCUCCUUUGGGGAAGCUGCAGCUCCUUGAAUCAUUAUUUAUUAGGGAAGCAAAAAAAUUGGAAAUAGUUGGAGAUGAAUUUUUGGGAAGAGAAUCCAAAAAUGACAUCAUAUUCCCAAAGUUGAAGUCUCUCAUAUUUGAGAAUUUGGACAACUGGAAAGAUUGGCUAGUGGUGGGAGGAACAAGAGAAGAAGAAGAAAAAGAUAAUUGUUUGGUUCCUAUGAUAAUGCCAUGUCUUCAUUCCUUGUCAGUUAUGGGUUGCCCCAAGCUAAAGUCGCUGCCAGACUUCCUUCGUACUGUUCCAUUAAAGGAAUUGCAGAUCCACAGUUCUACAAUUCUAGAGAAACGUUGCAAACCAAGGAAAUGAGAGGACUGGCCAAGAUAUCUGAAUGAUGAUGCUGCAAUAAAAAGGGAAAUAAAGCCACCUUUAUUGCUGUUUGGAAUGGUUUUAGCUCUUCGUCUUUGCUUGAUCUUUCACCUCUCUCUCCCUUGCAAUACUCUCCAGAUCAUGGCUGUAAGUUAAUUUAAAUGGCGGAGGAGCUCGUCAUCAAGAUGAUGAUCUUGACACCAACAUGACAAUAUUCAGACCUUUCAAUGUUGUGUCUGUGGCAGCUGAAAAAUAUGUUUACAUAACAGGAGGAGAUGCUAACUUAGAAUGGGACUUAUGUGAUAUUUGAGGAAAGUAGGUGUGGUCUUUAAUUGCAAUUGCAAAAAUAUUGAAGACAAUUGAUAAUGACAUUCUAGUACUACUCAAGGCAUACUCAACUCCAAAAAUUUGUUGGUCAUAUAUGCCUAUCUUCUGAAGCAAAAGUUUGAUUUGAUAAUGAAACUGUCUCAUUAUGGAAAGCAUUGAGGAUGUAUCAGUGUUGUCAAGUUAAUUGGCCACUACAAUGGUUCGCUUGUUCUUUACUUCUAUCCGAACAAAAUCUUAAGCAUCCUUAAAUGAUCAUCUUUGGUCAAUCCAGGUCGCUGACUUUGGCACGUCCAUCUGGUCACUUUACCAAAUGGAAGAAGAUGGCUAUAAAUCUAGAAUAUAUAGAUCCCAAUUACACGAUCAGUGUUGUUCCAACCAAUGUAUCUGUUAAACAUGAUCAGUUAUUUAAUAUUUACAUAUAGCUUGAUUGAGCUCAUGGAAACAUGAUCAAUGAAGUUGUAAGUGGGACUACUAGUUUAUAUUCAGAAGUUCAUUAAAUGAUAGAUGAGCUCAUUCAACUAGGGUGGGAGCAGAUCACUUGUAAUAUAAUAUGGGCUUGCUUGCUGAUUUUGUGUAUGCAGCAGGUGAUUGAGAAACAGAUCUAGAUCAUGAUAAGUGACAGGCUGUGGGCAAGGCUACUCUCUUCAACCAAUCUAAAAACCAAAAAUGCUCCACCAUCUACACAUCACCAGCCUCACCCUAUGCAAAAGGAAAGCAACGGCUAUCAGUCAUCAAAACCAUUAUUUGGAGGCUUAAUAAACUAUUCAUUGAGCCCUUGGUCAAUCAUAAAGCAUUAAGAAUUAUACCGGUGUCGUCAAGUUAAUGAGCUGCUACAGUGGUAAGCUUCAUUCAUUUGCAUAGCUAUUUUAACAGAAUAAAGAGUUGACACUUGAAAAAUUAUUUGAUUGGUCUGAACCUGUACUUUACUGUGGAAAAGAAAGUUAUUGAAAAUAGAGUUGUAAUCGUGUAUUGAUUUUGUAUUUUUAGUGAUUAAUUAUGCGUUAGAGCAUUGAAUACUCUCAAAAUAGAGAAUUAAUUUAGUGAAAAGUCGAUUGGCCUUCAUUUUUUGUUGUUACAAAAUCUGUGGAUGGAAAAGGAUAAUGAAAAACGAUUCAUGUCCAACAUUCAUUAUUAGAUAUUUUUAUGGGCACAGUGAUCCUAGAAGUUGGAGUAGAGUUCAUGUUUAGUACUACUAUAUAAUUUUACCUGCAAAUCCUUAAAAAAUGGUCCUGUGCUAUUUGUUUUAUUCUCUUGUACUUACAUUUUUUUUUAUUACUGCAAGCUGAACUCAAAACUAUAUUCCUUAUGGGUAAGGAUAUCUUGCUUAGGAGGGAGUGGUCGUAUGGCACCAUAAUUUCCAUUAACAAAUUUAAGAUUUAGCUCACAUAGUUGUCUCCACCUUGCAAACAGUUCCAAUUUAUUUCUUUUAUAACAUUCAUGUAUCUCAUGAUUUUACUCAUUGGGAGUAGCAGGAGAUGGGAGCUCAGGAUGGACCUCAGUGGUUUGUAAGGUAAUGCAAUUUGAUUUAGCAUUAUUGUUGGUUUUCUAUGUUGUGGCCUCGUGGAAUUAAAAUUUGAGUUUUUUGAGAUCCUUAAUUUUGAUUAGACUGGGCUAUGUGAUAUUCAGAAGUUACUGCAUAAUGAUAAUUUGAGGAUUUGGAAUUUGUUUAAAAGAUUACUCUUUUCUCAAAGUUGUUGAGGCUGGACUUCCUAAAUCAUUGACAAUGUCACAUUAAUUGGAAUUCUGGAAUUUUUUAUGCUACAAAUGAUUUGCCAACUACAGGUCACAUCUAGUUCAUCUCAAGAUAAUCUCAAUCAGGUUGUCUCUCAUGAUUCAGAUCAAAAACAUUCCCCUGGAUUUUACAAAUAGCAUAAGACUAUUAAAUUAACGCAAACCACUUACAAUGGAUAAGGAAGGAAGAUCAAGAUCAAUCACAAAGAGAAAACCCAUCUGGGUGGUCACGGAUUCAGUUGUGGAAAGAAACAUGCACAAGCCCAACACUACCCGUCAUAAUGGAAAUUGGGAUGACAAGGAUGACCAGUUCUCAGACAUUGCCUCUCUAAAUAUGUUGUUGCUUGUUACCUAGAAUGACCCUUCUAAGGCAGACAUUGGACUUCUGAUCCCCUCAUUUGCAUCUGCCUCCAAGAAAUAAUGCAUGUGCAAAAAUCCACUCAAACCUGAAGCAAGGUUUAUAAGAAAGAAGCCAUAGAAACUGAUAAUGGCAAUUAUAAUUACCAAACAAUUUUACCAAAUGCUUGGGUGUGACAAAUCGAAGAUUAGCUCAUCAGGGCUCGUUUAUUCCUGUUGGCCACGUGAAUCAAUCCCCAUUUACAAUAAAGUUCAGUGAGCACUUGGAGAUGCAAGCAAGGAUCCUGAACAGUCAAGGAAGUUCUCCGUUUGUCACACAAUUGUUUAAACUCCUUUCUCUGCAUUAAUGUGCUGGUAUGGUUGUCAUUCAAGACUCAGAUAAAAGGGCUCAUUAAGCUAGUUUCACAAGCUGUGUUUGAAGUUAUAAGCAUGGAAAAUUGGGUUGUGCUCUAUAGCCAAUAGUGGUGAGUUGUAUUGUGA